AUGAAGCUCAUCGACAAGAUCGCGCAGCGCGACCCGCACAAGCUCUAUUAUAUGUUCGAGUUCUUCCCGCCGAAGACCGACCAGGGCCUUGAAAAUCUCCUUGCGCGUAUUUCACGCAUGAUGGCGUUCAACCCCAUUGCACUCAGUGUAACGUGGGGCGCAGGAGGUUCGACGAGGGCACGAUCUAUUGACCUGGCAGGUUGGGUUGAAGAGCAAGGUGGAGAAACGUUGAUGCAUUUGACGUGCACAAACAUGGUGCAGGGUACUGCGGCCAAAGAACACAAUAUCGAUAAUAUCCUUGCGCUUAGAGGAGAUCCCCCGAGGGGGAAAGAGCACUGGGAACCAAGUGAUCCGCGAUUCCAGCACGGUGUCGACCUCGUCCGUUACAUCAAGACGACCCCUGAGUUCGCAGGUCUUUGUGUGGGCGUGGCAGCGUAUCCCGACGGGCACCCUGAUCACGAUACGGACGAAGCUGGCGAGCUGGAAUUCCUCAAGCAGAAAGUGGACGCUGGCGCAGACUUCAUUGUCACACAGCUUUUUUACGAUGUUGAAGCCUUCGAGGUGUGGUUGGGGAAAGUCCGGGCCAAAGGCAUUACCGUGCCUAUCAUCCCGGGAAUCAUGCCUAUACAGACCUACGCGUCGUUCCUGCGGAUGACUAAACUGUGUGGUACUAAGGUCCCUGCUAAGAUGAUGCAUGAACUCGUUCCUAUCCGUCAUGAUGACCAAAAAGUCAAAGACUACGGAGUCAAACUCGCCAUCGAGAUGAUUCAACAGCUUCAGAAGACGGGUAUCCGGGGCAAGAGUGUUGCGCGGGUCCUCGAAGGCCUGGGUCUGACAGAAAGCAUUCUUUCAAGCAGCAAUAAACUCAUUGCAGAUGAGAUUGGCCCACCUGAACGAACAGUCACCCCUCACGCAGCAGCCGAUCAUGCGACCAAAGAGUUGGCUGCCGCUCCUCAACCUGAGAGCGAGGCCGGCAAGGGCGAGCUGAACAACGCUGCGGACUGGGAUGACUUCCCGAACGGUCGUUUUGGUGACUUCAAGAGUCCGGCGUACGGCGAGACCGAUCGAUGGGGGAGCUCUGCGCUUCAGAGCAAGGCAUCUUCCACUCCGCUCUCACAGUGGGGUAACCCAAAAACCAUCGACGACCUUACCGACCUGUUCCUCAAGCACCUGCAUUCAAAAAUCACCGCUACUCCUUUCUCAGCGACUCCGCUAUCACCGGAGUCGUUGAUGAUAUUCCCGCACCUGGAAAAGCUAACAACGAAGGCCUGGUGGACCGUUGGGUCACAGCCCGCGAUCAACGGAGCGCCAUCUACAGACGAAGUGGUAGGCUGGGGUCCGCGAGGAGGGUAUGUGUAUCAGAAGUGCUUCGUCGAGUUCUUCGUCGAGCGAGCAGAUGUAGAACGGAUAGUGAAGAAGAUCGAGGAGGAAGGAGGUGGCUGGUUCAGUUAUUUUGCUGGAAAUGUUGAAGGCGAACUCGUGACCAAUGUUCCGGAAGGCGGCAGAAAUGCCGUCACCUGGGGCGUAUUCCCCGGUCAAGAGAUUGCGCAGACGACGAUCAUCGAGGGCGAGUCAUUCUUGUCGUGGAAGGAUGAGGCUUUUUCGAUUUGGUCGGAAUGGGCGUCGUUCUACCCGCCGGAGUCUGAAGAGCGCCGUCUCUUGGAGGGCAUUCGUGAUCGCCGAUGGCUCGUCAGCCUGGUCUGUCAUGAUUACAUGAACCCUGCCGCGCUUUGGACAUUCUUGUUCAAGGGGGAGAAGCCGCUGCUAUAG